AUGCCCAAGCAAGAAAGAAAAAGAAUAUAUAGUCAAGCAGCUGAAGGCUCAGAUCAGGGGAGAACCACAGGUUUUAAGAAAACAAUAAUUUCUGACAUUCAUUUUAACGAAAAUCUACCUACAACAUCACAUAAGACCGAACAGAGGAAAAGUAUGGAAGAAACAUUCUCUCCUCGUGACAAUUUUGAAAAUACAUACACACAGAACCAUUUUGAGGAUAUUGUAGAUUCAACUAAAGAAAACCUAGAAACCUCUUCCCCCUCUUCUCCAUUGUUUGAAGAGUCAGAUGAAGAUGAAAAUGAAAUGUCUGAAGAAGAAAGCAAGCAUGUCCAUGCAUCGGUGUCGGAAUCUGUCAUUAGGGCUGAUGUUUUGCCAUCUGAUAAAGGAGCUAACUUCCUUAAACUCUUCUAUUUCAUCUGUAGUUUAGUGACCAAAGCUGCUAGAACGUGGUUUAUGUCCAAGUACCCGAAACAAAAAUUGAAGAAAAAACAAAAGAAACUGAAGAACCUGAUGGGCAAUGACAACAACAAAACAUUUCUUCAAAGAUCAGACGAGGGAAUUAUGGUCAUUUACGACGAACUGGACAUUUCAGCAAUAGCGUGCCUAUCAAGAAGCCUCGAUACGAAUUCAGAAUGGAAAAAGGAAUUGCAAGUUAAUGACCACUCCGAUACAGCAGAAUUAAGAAGAAUUCAGGAGAUAAGGAAUAAAAUCGCUCACAAUAAUGUAGGAGAAGUAGAUGAGGCCGACUUCAGAAAAAUGUGGGAAACUUUAGAAAAAGCUGUAUCGAGGCUCUCAAAAGGAAAACUAGAUAAACAUUUUCUGGAGUAUCGUCGCCUUGAUCUAUUGGAAAGACGUCUACCAGGAGUACAGAUACAGAGAUCCAUACCAACAGAAACAAUAAAUGAUGACCAGAGCGAUGAUGGAUAUGAUAAAGAUGAAGAAAAUGAUGAUCAGAGCAAUGGUGGAUUUAUUAACGAUGAAGAAGAUAGACAUAACAAAGAUCUACGUGAUUACAUUGAUAAUGAUACAUCUGCCACUGACGAUGAUGACGAUAAUGAAGAAAAAGAUGAUAAAGGUAAUAAUAAAGAAGAUGAUGACCUAAGCGAUGAUAGAUAUGAUAUCAAUGAAAGAGAUGAUAUUCAGAGCGAUGAUGGAAAUGUUAUAAAUGAGGAAGAUGAGUGUCAGAGUCAUAAUGGAUAUGAUAAAAGCGAAGGAGAUGAUGAUCAGAGCAACAAUGAAUAUGAUAAAAAUGAAGAUGACUAUGAUCAGAGCGAUGGUGAAUGUGAUAACAACAAAGAUGACUACCAGAGCGAUGAUGGAUAUGAUGAAGAUAAAGAAAAUAAUGAUCAGAGCAAUGGUGGAUUUGAUAAAGAUGAAGAAUAA